UUCAAGAUAUCACGUGAUCCUAUUUUUCCUCUUUCCUCUCUCCUCUUCUUCUCCUCACUCGAACUCAAUCAGAACUCAGAAGACUAAUGCUCUUCUUCAAUGGCGUCUGAAAUCCGACCAAUUAUACUGUUUAAGUUCUAAGAUUUGAAGUCUGCAGUUUACCGUAAGAUAUACGAGUAAGAAUUCAACACAAUCCAGAUUUUGUGAAUCCGCUGAAUUCCCCUUGGAUUACGUUAUUGUAAAUUGCGCAUAAUAUCAUCAGAAAAAGGUGUUUUGUUAGAAUUGAAAAGAUGAGGUUGUUGAAGGUAGCAACAUGCAAUUUGAAUCAAUGGGCAAUGGAUUUCGACUGUAAUUUGAAGAAUAUCAAAGAUUCUAUUUCUAAGGCUAAAGCUGCUGGUGCUGCCAUUCGAUUAGGCCCUGAGCUCGAAAUCACUGGUUAUGGCUGUGAAGAUCAUUUCUUAGAACUUGAUACUAUCAAUCAUGGAUGGGAGUGCUUGAAGGAACUUUUGCUUGAGGACUGGACAGAUGGAAUGUUAUGUAGCUUUGGGAUGCCUAUUUUUAGAGGUUCAGAACGUUAUAAUUGCCAAGUUCUUUGUAUGAACAGAAAAAUUAUCAUGAUCCGACCAAAGAUGUGGCUGGCCAAUGAUGGUAAUUACAGAGAACUGCGUUGGUUUACUACAUGGAAGCAGAAAGACAAGAUGGUGGAUUUUGAGCUACCUCUCCUUAUUGCGGAUGCUAUAUCGCAAGAGACAGUGCCUUUUGGUUAUGGAUACAUUAAGUUCAAAGACACAGCUGUUGCUGCUGAAAUUUGUGAGGAGUUAUUUGUUCCAGUUCCACCUCAUGCUGAGCUUGCAUUAAAUGGUGUUGAAGUAUUUAUGAAUGCUAGUGGAAGUCAUCAUCAACUAAGAAAACUUGAUGUUCGUAUGCAUGCUUUUAAAGGUGCUACACAUAUUCGUGGUGGACUUUACAUGUACAGUAAUCAACAGGGUUGUGAUGGUGGACGCUUAUAUUAUGAUGGUUGUUGCUGCGUUGUUAUGAAUGGAGAUGUGGUUGCUCAAGGCUCCCAAUUUUCAUUGAAAGAUGUGGAGGUUGUAUUUGCUCAAGUGGACCUUGAUGCUAUUUGUAGCCUUAGAUGCUGUACAAGUUCUUCUCAAGAGCAGGCAAGCUGCAAACCAGUAGUCCCGUUUGUUAAAGCACCUUACAAGCUUUGCCAAUCAUUCCAUUUGGAAGAACCUAUUUCAUGUCCACUUGAGAUUAGGUAUCAUAAACCCGAGGAAGAGAUAGCUUUUGGACCUGCUUGCUGGUUAUGGGACUACUUAAGAAGAAGUGGAGCUUCUGGUUUCUUGCUUCCCCUUUCUGGUGGUGCUGAUAGCUCCUCUGUUGCUGCAAUAGUUGGGUGCAUGUGUCAGCUCGUUGUUAAAGAAAUUCACAAUGGGGAUGAACGGAUAAAAGCUGACGCGAAAAGGAUUGGCCAGUAUCCUGAUGGCCAAUUUCCAACUGAUAGCAAGGAGUUUGCGAAACGCAUAUUAUACACUGUGUUCAUGGGAACUGAAAAUAGUUCAGAAGACACAAGAUCACGCGCCAAAAUUCUUGCAGACGAGAUUGGGUCCUGGCAUCUUGAUGUCUGCAUAGAUGGUGUUAUUUCAGCCCUACUAACUUUAUUUCAGACACUAACAGGAAAACGCCCUCGCUAUAAGGUUGAUGGAGGAUCAAAUGCUGAAAACUUAGGGCUGCAGAACAUUCAAGCUCGUAUCAGAAUGGUGCUAGCCUUUAUGUUGGCGUCACUUAUGCCUUGGGUUCAUAACAAAGCAGGGUUUUAUCUUGUCCUUGGUAGCUCCAACGUUGACGAGGCAUUGCGUGGUUACUUAACGAAGUAUGAUUGUAGCUCAGCAGACAUAAAUCCUAUUGGAAGUAUCAGUAAGAUGGAUCUUCGAGCAUUCUUGCGGUGGGCAGCUGUCCAUCUUGGCUACUCUUCCUUGGCGGAGGUUGAAGCUGCUCCACCAACUGCUGAACUGGAGCCAAUACGCUCUAAUUACACCCAGCUAGAUGAAGUAGACAUGGGAAUGACAUAUGAGGAGCUCUCGGUUUAUGGAAGAUUGCGUAAAAUUCACAUGUGUGGUCCAGUAUCCAUGUUCAUGAGGCUUUGCUUAGAGUGGGGUUCAAAAUUGACACCGUCAGAGAUCGGCGAAAAAGUGAAAUACUUCUUUAAGUACUAUUCCAUCAAUCGACACAAGAUGACAGUGCUUACACCUUCCUACCAUGCAGAGAGCUAUUCACCAGAGGACAACAGGUUCGAUCUGCGGCAGUUUUUGUACAAUGCGAGAUGGCCAUUUCAAUUUCGCAAAAUUGAUGAGCUUGUAAAGGAGGUUAAUGGUAACAAAGUUCCCCAAAAGGGAUCAGAUGACAGAUAAUCCCGAGCUUAUAUCAGACCAUGUUGCCGGUAUGGGAGCUGCAUCAACUAGACCUGGAAACCCAGGUUUAAACUUAUAAUGCAUUAGCAAUGCAAGUUCCUAUUGCAUGAUUAACUUUGUGAUAAUAAUGGUGGAUUUUCAUCUUAACCUUGUACAUCUCUGUACUGAUUAAUUCAACAUCGUCUCCUGCCCUUUUCGUGUCGAAGGACGGGUAUUGUCAUAACUCUAUCCAACAGUUUCAACCUCUAUUCCUUGGUGCUCAAAGGCAUUAGAUGUAGAAAUCAAGUAGGUAAGAUCUUCAUGUAUAGGAUGGAGAAAAAUGGGAAGUGUAUAAAUCCAUGAAAACUAUUUUUUUCUGAAUAAGGUGGUCCUUUAAUGAAACAAUUAUGUAAAGUUUAUCAUAAUUUAAUUUUAUCUAUUGAUCUAUGUUUCCUUUU